AUGGGCACACUCGCCCUCGCACUGCUGGCCCUGCUGGCCACCGCCCAAGCCCACACCUCCGCCCUUUCCUUGCAAUCCCCCCGCGUCACCCUCUUCGGACCAGAUGCAACGCAGCUGCACACACAGCCGCUGCUUGCCCAGGGCGUGGUGCCAGAGCUGACGCUCGGCCCCGUGGACGCUCUGAAGUUGACAUUCCAGGUCGUGGACGACGAGGGCAAGGGCGUGCAGCCGCAUCAGACCUUCCUCCGCUUCGUGGACGAAGCCUCCGGCGAGGAGGGCAUCCAGCCCGUCCGCGUCACAGCCGGCGGAAAGGCCAAGUUCGAGCUGAACAUGGCACGCCCGCCUGCCUCGCUCCCGCCGACCGCCGCGGCGCCGCUGAACGUGACGCUCCUCCUCGGCUCCUUCACGCACACACCUGCCAAAUACGACCUCUUCUCGCUCACCGUCCCGCCCUCGCUCCCCCUGCAUGUGCACCCGGACGAAGCGUCCUUCCACCCCCGCCCGCCCAUCGCACACACCUUCCGCGAGCCCCAGAAGCGGCCCCCGCCCCUCGUGUCCGCGCUCUUCACCUACUUCACCGUCGCCCCCUGGCUCCUGCUCACCACGCUUUGGACACAGAUUUCCCCACGCCUCCCGCACCUCCUCUCGCCGUACACGCUCCCCUUCAUGGGCUGUCUCGGCGCGUUCGAGGUGCUGCUCUUCUGGUACUGGGUCGAUCUCCGUCUCGGGCAGGUCCUUCUCUACAGCGCGGGCCUCGGCGCCGUGACCGUCCUCGCGGGCCAGCAGGCGCUCUCACGCAGUGCGGCGUGGCGCGCAAACAAGUGA